AUGUCCCUGAACGAGAACACCGGCAAGAAGCGCCGCGCCACCUCCGAGGUCGAGGGCGACGCGACUCCCCCCACGAAGAAGGCUAGGUCCGACGAUGAGUGCAGCGAGACGACCUCCUCUUCGGAGGAGAGUGAAGACGCAGAUGCCAUUGACGAGAUAUUCGACUUGGUGUGCCGAGCCACUUCCCUCUGGGAAGAGUGGAGGGCACGAGCGACAGACAGAAACAGGGCUGAGACGAGGCGUAGUGCCUCGGUUCAGCUCCUGGGGCUCGCUAGUACCCAUUGCGAGGACACGAGAUUGGCUCUGCUCCAGGCGGUCUCGGCCAGCGAUAACACUCUCGAGAGAGUCGUCACCGUCCACGACGCCAUGGGACGCUGGCGUGAGGCGCUUAGUAUCAAGAUCCAAGCAGAAAUUGUCCGGCUCUCGGACUACGCGGCUUACAACAAGGCCGAAGAGGCAGCUGACAAGGCCUCCAGAGCCUGCGUUGAGUGGUUUUGCGCCGAUGGGGUCCGCCGUGGCGACGGCUACUUUGCAGCGGCCCGCUUCAGCGACCUCUUCGAGGACAUGUUCCCCGAUAGCGGCACUUGGGGCGAGGAGUUCAAGGCCGUCCUCAAGCGUCUCGCUGACGCCACUCACCGUGACGCGGUCCCGAAGUGA